CCCGGCUGUGAUGUCUGGCUGUGCAUUGCACAGUUUGCAUCCUAUACGUUUCCCAGAGUUGGUGAUUAUACAACUGAGGGUUUGUAAUUAAGCGGAUUGAUUUCUCAGUGCCCAGCGAUCCGCCCCUGCCGCUCUUCUCUAUAGGAGUUGAGAAGUUGGUUUGUCCUCAUUUAGAUCAGCAACGCUGCAAGAGACGCUUGCAGGGCUUUUCAGCUGCUGACACUUAGUCGUUGCAACGAGGGGAGCGGCACUGUGUGCGGGAAGAAUUGGUUGAAUAUCAGACAAACCACGCAUUUACUCCGGGAUUUACUCGCCUAAAACGCAAUAAGAAGCUUCGGAGGGAAUUACUGAGCGUCUUCGAUAGCGCAAAUCUUUUUGCGUUGCAUCUUAAUUUCUUUCGAUCGGGGUUUAAACAGCUGCAUUUGAACACUUUGCGAUGCUACUCUCUAAGAAGAUCGGCUCAUUUGCUCACAUUUGCAGCCCGACCGGUAUGGAUUUGCCAGUAAAAAUCCAGUUGCAGCAAGUGAAGGAACGGGAGCCUUUUGAGAAAGUCUAUCAGAUUGGGGCAGUCUUGGGCAGCGGUGGUUUCGGCACUGUCUACAGUGGUGUACGGCUGACUGAUGGGCUCCCGGUUGCUGUCAAACAUGUGGCAAGAGAGCGAGUGACUGAAUGGGGCUCGCUGAAUGGCAGCCUUGUGCCCCUGGAGAUCGUGCUGCUUAAGAAGGUGGCCGGAGGCUUUCGCGGGGUCAUUAAAAUGCUGGAUUGGUACGAGCGAGGCGACAGCUUCUUGUUGAUCAUGGAGCGGCCAGAGUUGGUCAAGGACCUGUUUGAUUUUAUCACCGAGAAGGGUGCUUUGGAGGAAGAGCUGGCCCGCGUCUUCUUCAGACAGGUCCUGGAGGCGGUCCGACACUGCUACAACUGCGGCGUGGUUCACCGGGACAUCAAGGACGAAAAUCUGCUGGUCGACCUGCGCUCCGGCGAGCUCAAGCUCAUCGACUUCGGGUCGGGGGCGCUGCUCAAGGACACGGUCUACACGGAUUUUGACGGCACAAGAGUAUACAGCCCUCCAGAGUGGAUCCGUUACCAUAGAUACCAUGGAAGAUCCGCGACUGUGUGGUCUUUGGGCGUGUUACUGUAUGACAUGGUGUGUGGGGAUAUCCCAUUUGAACAAGAUGAAGAAAUCUUGCGUGGUCAAGUGUAUUUCAGGAGGAGAAUUUCUUCUGAAUGUCAGGAUUUGAUCAAGUGGUGCCUUGCACUGCGGCCUUCUGAGAGACCUAUGCUGGAGCAGAUUUUUGACCACGCUUGGAUGCGAAAGGCUGAAGUAGUAAAAGCUGAAGACUGUGACAUCAGACUGCUGAGCCUAGACCAUGAGGCCUCCAGCACGAGCUCAAGCAAAGAGAGCCUCUGAAUCAUCGUUGCCUCGCAGGAGGGGAGUUUGACACUAAAGGACCCUGUGGUGGUGCCACCAGCUUGUUGUGGGAGGGGGAAUAGUAGUUUAUUUCAGAUCCAGUUUUCUGGGUG